AUGAUAACGACUCCUCCGUUCCGACAGGAAAGAUGGCGCUUGGGUUCGGACACCGAGCGGGGCACAUGGUUGGCACAGUGCCGGCAGGCCCAGGCAGCGGAGAAAGCUGUGGCCCAGGCCGAGGCUCUCCGGGAGCGCGUGGCCAAGCGAGCGCAGCUGCAGGAGAAGGAGCCUUUCUGGAUGUUUGAGCUUCCAGAGGUUCGCCAGGUUCUCGAGAACGGCUCGAUUCUUCCGCCGAACUUCUCACCGGCUGAGACUACCUAUGUACGGCUUCUGCAGCUUCCCUCCGACGGGGAUGUGGCGAGGGCUGCCGAGGAACAGGGGCUUGAGAAGGAGACGAUGGAAGCCAUGCAGGAUGCCCUGGAGUCGCUGAAGGGCGAAAGCUUCGAAGCGAAGAUGACCAAGAUCCUCAUUUCCGAGAAAAUUGCUUUGGCGCUGGUGGCACUACCGCCUGUCGUUCCGACCGCCUGCAAGGUUCCGCACGUUGUCUUUGGAAUGCAUCCGCGAGCCCCCGAAUGGUCCGUGGAGCAAAUGCUGGAGAAGGUUGCAGCAGAGAAGAACCAGAAGGACAAGACGGUGACGUGCAUAGAAAUGCCGACGCCGCGGCCGAUGAAAGGCUUCAUUCGGCUUCACACGGGCCAGAGCAUCCAGAGCUGA